ACAAUACAAAUACAUAGAAAUAACCAAAAAGGUUUGUUGCUAUUACAAAAAUUCUUAAUGAAAAGCAAAGCAAUCAUAGCGUUAGUUGUUUGUGAUACUUUAUCAAAAUAAUAAGUAGUUCAACGAAAACAGAUUAAAUUAAAACCGAAAUUGAAAAUAUGUCGACGUACUCAGAAGAUCUGGGCCAGCUUUUAGCUGUUAUUGGUGACGAGGACACCUGCGUGGGGUUUCUACUUGGUGGCAUUGGUGAAAUCAAUGAGCAGCGUCAAUCGAACUUUAUGGUCGUUGAGAGAGACACCACAGCCAUUGAAAUAGAGGCGUGCUUUAAACGCUUCGUAGAACGCAGCGACAUCGGCAUCAUAUUAAUCAAUCAAAUCUAUGCGGAUAUGAUACGCGCAACAAUCGAUUCUCAUUUGCUGCCCGUGCCGACUGUCCUAGAAAUACCGUCAAAGCAACAUCCGUAUGAGGCAAGCAAGGACUCGAUAUUGAAGCGUGCAUGUGGCUUUUUCGAACUACCCCAACGCAAGCCAUGAGUGCAAGCAACUUCAAAGCAAUUCCAAUCAAUCAGUAAUUACAAAACGUGGAGAUGGUGCCACUUUAGAGGCAACAAUUUUAUGUUAAAAGCCUCAACAACAAAUAUUUGUAUGUAUAGUAUAUCAGUGCUAUUGCUGCCGCUGCUGCUGCCACUGCUGCUGCUGUAUAUAUUGAUUUGAAUAUUUUGCAGUUAGUGUUGCAUGCAUUUUCUAAAAUAGAGAGCGCAAGA